AGGCCACUCCAGGACCUUAAAGCGGAGCUCUACCCAAAAGGGGAAGUUCCGCUUUAUGGACUGCUCCCCCGCUCCCCAUUAAGGAUUGGCACCUUUGGGGAGCGGGGGGGGGAUUGGAGGAUGACAGGCACCUGCUCCCACUUCCGGUCCGAUUGGAAACAGAAGGUGUCCUUCCUCCCUCUCUGUAGUCUUUUGGGACACGUGACAGGUCCCAGAAGACUACAGGACCAUUCAAGCAGCACAGCGCUACUCGCGCAUGCACAGUAGGUACCCGGCUGUGAAGCCGCAAGCUAUCACAGCCAGGUGCCCACACUGAAGAUGCUGGCCUCCUGGAAUCAAGGACAGCCGGUGAAGCGAGCUCCAGGGGACACACCAAGGGACCAAGGGACAGGUAAGUGGCUGUUUUUCAGCAGCUACAGUUUUUGUAGCUGCUAACUUUUUUUAUUUUAUAGGUCGAGUGGAACUCCGCUUUAA